AUGGUGGAAAGGGUCCACCAAUCCCUAAAGGCCUCCUUGAUGGCAGGCUGCACGGGAGAGAACUGGAAGUUGCAGUUACCCUGGGUUCUCCUCGGCCUCCGUACCGCCCCAAAGGCCAAUGGCGAGGCGUCCUCUGCAGAAAAAGUCUAUGGAGAAACAUUGGUAGUACCAGGAGAAUUCUUCCCGACGCACACCGAUGAAGCAGACAUCCCGAUCGCAAGGCUUCGGGAGACCGCAGGGAAGUUCACACCCUGCCUCAAGACUUUCUCAGACAGGACAAGGAACUUACAGCCCAAAGCCUUAUCAUCCUGCAAGCACGUCUUUGUCAGGAAUGACACCCACCACCCACCAUUGACGAGACCCUACCAAGGCCCCUACCACGUCCUCCGUCGCACAGUCAAGGCAUACCUCAUCCUCAUACACGUUCGUGAGGAUUGGGUCUCCAUCAACAGGCUGAAGCCCACUACCCUAAUAGACAAAGACGGCGCUAAAGAGGAACCCGGCAGGUGUCCCAGUGUGCCACCACAAAACAGAACAUCUCCUGAGAUUAACGAGCCACCCAAACAAAGCUGCGGUCACCCACAUACUUGUGUUGCAAUUACUGAGAUUAACAUUGAGACAAGUGAUCACUCAGUAGGGAAAUUGUGUUUGUCAUCGAGAGCUAGAUACAUAUAG